AUGAUUUCAAAGAUCUUCACGCUCUUUACCGCCCUCUCCAUUGCCCUCUGCGCGACCCAGGCUGCUCCCACCAACCACGAACAACCCGGUAUGCUGAUUUCACCGGCUUUGUUUGACGCUCAGACAGCCCCUGCUCACGAACUUCCAAUCCACAAGGCCCCUGUUCACGAGCUUCCCAUCCACAAAGCCCCCAUUCACAUCCCUGUUCACAAGGCACCCGGCGAGAUCGUGGUCCCCAAGCAUCUCACCUUCGACCGAUGGGGUGGCUUCGACUCCUUGAAGGGCUUCGACAACUUCUACGGCAUCGAUAACUUUGAUGGACACAGGUUCAACCAAGUUCUCAUCAAGCCCAAGCACGAGCUUGUCUGCCGCGUCCAAAGGGUUGAAAUUGUCCAACAGCGCUUGCUCGUCCUCCAGGAGCUCGCCAAAAGGAUCAUCACCGAAAAGGUCUGCGAAGUCGAGGCCCAGACGAUCCUCUUCGAGCAGUUCCACGGUGGCUUACGCAGCUUCGAGCGGGACUUGCUCCGCCUCCCCGGCGCCCACGAGGUCGGCUAUGACGAGAAGAUCGUCGGGCACUUCCCCAAGUUCUUCAACGAGGAUGGCUCGCUCAAUGAUGACGACUGGGGCUUCACCGGACACGAGCUCGGCCGCCACACUGUCAUCGUUGGAGGCCACAACUGGGACGACAGCCGCUCGUUCAGGACUGUCCGGGAUGCUUGGCACAAUGCCCGAAAUGCCUGGGCGAGGUUUUGGUAA